AUGUCAAACCACCUGCAGUACGGCCAUGGAGUCUUAAACCUCCAAGAGCGCCAGCUCCUCCUAAACCUGGCGAGCAACAGGGUAAACAGACGGCUUCAGGCAUGUCCAGUGUGCAAUUACAACACCACCAGGCUGGACCAGCACAUCCCCAUUUGCCAUAUGGAGCUAAGUGAGGCACAGAUCCAGCACUACCUGCAGUGGGGCAUGAGAGUGAGAACCAUUGCUUUCCUUCAAGAGCUGCGGGCCACAGACCCAGCAGUGCCGCUGGCCUCCUCCUUGGCUCUGGGUCUGGAGGAGGAGGAGGAGGGCGGCCACCAGCAAGGGCCUCGUGACAUGACAAAAGAGCCGCAAUGUGAUAACCCAGACUGCGUGGCGCAACGGAGGAGGUGGCAGCAGUUUGCGAUGGAAGAGGAACAGAGGACAGAGCGUUUUGAGGAGGAGCUGAGAAAGCUUCGUGGCAUGCAUCGAAAGAUGGCCAAGGAUAUCAACCGGCUUUCCAAGACACCAGUCAAGACCAAGAGGCAGAUCAACCAGAACCUGAUGGUGCGCCUGAGCCCACUACAGUCUGCCUUUAAUGCCUCCAGAAGGGCGUUAAGAGCUGCCAGACGGGCAGCUAAUAAUUUUUUUGGUGUUUUGUUAAGAAUAAUAGAUGUGAGAAAUUGGUUUAAUAGCUGA